UCCCACACACAAUAAAAAUUCUCAAUUUCUAAAAACCCACCAUUUCUUUACCUCCAAAAAGCUCAUUCCAAAACUGGGUUUUUUAAUUUGACCCCAAAAAAAAGAAAAAAAAAACUGGGUUUUGUGUUUUUUGUUUCAUCUUUUUUUUUUCUCCCCACCAUGGUUUCUGAGAGGUGUUUAUCAAAAAAUGUGUGUGUGAUUGGAGCAGGGCCAUCCGGGCUAGUUGCAGCAAGAGAGUUGAGAAAAGAAGGCCAUUUGGUUGUGGUUUUGGAACAAAACCAUGACAUUGGAGGCCAAUGGCUCUAUGAACCAAAAGUGGAAGGAGAAGAUCCUUUAGGAAGCAAGAGUUUUCUAGAGGUCCAUAGUAGUAUGUAUGCCUCUUUAAGGCUUGCAUCUCCAAGAGAGAUAAUGGGUUUCACUGAUUUCCCAUUUUCAGUGAAAAAAGACAGGGAUAUGAGGAGGUUUCCUGGGCAUAGAGAAUUACUUUUAUAUUUAAAUGAUUUUGUUGAUUGGUUUGGUUUAAGGGAUUUGAUUAGGUUCAAUACAAGGGUAGAGUAUGUGGGUAUGGUUGAUUAUGGUGUGGUUGGGAAAGAUUUGAAAUGGGUUGUGAGAAGCAGAGAGAAGAAGAGUAGUGAGAAGUCUGUAGAAGAGGUUUUUGAUGCUGUGGUUGUGGCUACAGGCCAUUACUCUCACCCAAGAUUGCCCUUCAUUAAAGGUAUGGAUACAUGGAAGAGAAGGCAAUUGCAUAGUCAUAUUUACAGAGUUCCAGACCCAUUUCGCAAUGAGGUAGUGGUGAUGGUUGGAAAAUCACUAAGUGGACAAGAUUUAUCAAUGGAAAUUGUGGAAGUAGCUAAGGAUGUGUACAUCAGCACCAGAUCUAAUGUAUCAGAAGGCUUAUCAAAAGUCAUAUCCAAGCAUGACAAUUUGCAUCUGCGUCCAGAGAUAGAAUCCCUUGAAGAAGAUGGGAAGGUUUUGUUUGUGGAUGGUUCUUGGGUAAUUGCUGACAGUAUCAUAUACUGCACUGGGUAUUCAUACACAUUGCCAUUUCUUGACACCAAAGGAAUAGUAACCGUUGAUGAUGAUAGGGUGGGUCCUUUGUAUGAGCACACCUUCCCUCCAUCACUUGCUCCUUCUCUCUCUUUUAUAGGCAUUCCUAGAAAGAUUAUUGGGUUCCCUUUCUUUGAAUCACAAGCAAUAUGGAUAGCCCAACUGCUAUCUGGGAAAAGAACAUUGCCAUCAUGGGAUGAAAUGAUGAAAUCCAUCAAGGAAUUUUAUCACUCACUGGAUCAAGCUGGCAUUCCUAAGUAUAAUACACAUGAUAUCGCUAAUUUCGAGUAUUGUGACAAAUAUGGUGAUAAUGUUGGGUUUCCACACUUAGAAGAAUGGAGAAAACAGCUGUGUAUUUCAGCAAUAAUAAGUCAAGAAAUCAACUUGGAGAGUUAUAGGGAUACUUAUGAUGAUCAUCAACUCCUUCAAGAGGCUCUUCAAAGUCCACAUUUCACUCAAUAUGGGCCUCAAGCUUUUCCUCUGUAAAGCCAUUCUAUAUAUAUAUAUAUAUAUAUAUAUAUGUUAUAUACAUACAUAAAUGGGUUUUGUUGGACCACAAGUUUAAUUAUAAUUAUUUUUAUAUUCUAGUCUUUCUGUAUUUUGACCUUCUUUUGUGAGGGCAAGUGGUUUUGGUGGACUAGGACCAAUUUCUAUUGUAGAUUACAAGCAACAUAUGCUAGUAAGAAAAAGCAGAGUUGGAAAUAUUUGUUUCUUGUCUCCCAAAAAAGAAGUGGAGAGAAGUAUGGAUGUAUGUUUAAGUAUUCCAAUUUUUAAGUAAUAAAUAAAUUCUCUUUUUCAAUUUUC